UUCUUAUUACUGUCGCAUCGCAUAUCUGUUUUUUACUACGUACUUCAUCCUGCUGUGUUGAGUGUACCUGACAGAAUAGGGAUUGAAUAUACUAUACUAUCUGUUAUACGAAAUAUCGGAUCUUCUUCACAAAGAGAAUAUCAUUUUAUCAUUUAAUACAAAAAAAGAAAGAAUACCAUCACGAUGCAACUCAAAUCCAUCGCAAUCCUCCUCUUCUCGACUAUCGCUUUCGCCCAGGAAGGCGUCGAGAAGAGAGCCGAGGAAUCAAGUCUUAACAUCGCCGCUAUCACAAGCUUCCCCAGCGAGAUAAGCUUCCCCUCACUGCCCACCAACUCGAUCCCACCAUCCGUCCUCUCCGUCCUGGAGACGGCCGUGCCAUCCUCCGUUCUCGACGGCCUGGCCACCGACUCCGCAUACCGUUCGUCCUACAUCAGCGCCAUCAAGGCCGGCUCUACCCCCGCCUGGUACUCGAGUCUUCCUCCGGAUGUGAAGGCGUAUGUCUCAACGGCCGUCAUCAACACGGCCGCUGCUACUGCUACCGGUGCCAGUGCCAGUGCUAAUGCUACCGCUGCUGCAACGGGGUCGUCGUCGGCGAAUGCUGCGCUGGCGCCGGCUCCGACGGGAUUCAUUGCUGGAAGCGUCGCUGGCAUCGCGGGCGUUUUGGCUCUUGCGUUUGCGCUGUGAUGGCUUCGCUUCUUUGUCUGUUAUUGGUGGUUAGUGUUUUGUUGGAAUAGCGCGCGUACUUCUUAUGCUCAUAAGGGAUGGCGGGCAUUGUGUUCCCUCUCUGCGUAUUUUGGGUGGUCGUUUCUGAAGGGGGGAGAUCAGCUGAGCGCUAGACGUUCUUGUAUCGUGUGUGUUUUGUAUUGUUUUGGAUAUACCCCCUUGAAUAUUAUAGGUACAGACAAUAUGGAUUUCUAAGUUAUUCUCAUGCGUUUUUUUUUUUUUUUUGUGUUAGGUAGAGAGGUAGGGGUUGGAUAUGUCUCAGUACAGAUUAUUGCUUGAGCACUGCUGCCAA